CCGGCCAUAAUACCGCCUUCUGUUGUUAAUCGGUUAGCUUCGCGCGCCGCCGCCACCGGCUCAACCCGAGCCACGCGAAAAUUCGAAGGAAUCCGCGAAUAAAUCCGAGGAGGAGACCCCAACCCGAGUAGGCGAGGCGAGGCGAGGAGCGGGAGACGUCGUUGGCCAUGGAGGACAGAGACCGCGACCACCGCGGCGGCGCCGACGAGGACGCCCCGGGACCAGCCGCCGCCGCCGUCGCAGCUGUGGACGGGGAGGACGAGGUGGAGGAUGAUGGUGGGGGUUUCUCCUUCCCCGUCCCGCCGUUCGCCGCGGACGCGUUCAUCGUGCCCGUGUACCCGGUGUUUGGUCGGCCGAUGUCCCCGCCGCCGCGGGAGGCGGUGGUGGAGGAGGAGGAGGAGGAUGAGCCGGAGACGGCAACCCUGCGGGUGCCGUUGGGCCGGCUGCUGCUGGAAGAGCGGGAGUUCCGGGCGAGGCAGCGGGAGAGCUCGGGAACGUCGCCGGUGCAGCCGCAGCGGCGGCGGCCGGACGACGAGGGCGAGCUGGAGGGGGUGCCGCCGGAGAGCUACUGCCUCUGGGCUCCGGGCGGGCAGCCGUCGACGACGCCAGCGUCCCCGCGGCGGUGCCGGAAGAGCGGCUCCACGGGGUCGGUGCUCCGGUGGCGCCGCAUCAGCGAGCGCCUCGUCCGCCGGAGCCACAGCGACGGCAAGGAGAAGUUCGUGUUCCUCAACGCCCCCGGCGGCGGCGCCCCGUCGCCUCACCCGCCCAAGGACAACGACGAUGCAAACGGCGGCGGCAGCGUCGGCAAGGGCGACGCCGGCCGCCACGGCUGGAGCUAUUACAGCAAGGGCGGCGGCGGCGGCAGCGGCGGCCGUCGGAGAUCGUAUCUUCCCUACAAGCAAGAGCUCGUCGGGUUGUUCGCCAACGUCAGUGGGUUGCGGCGGAGCUAUCACCCGUUUUAAAUUCGAUCCUUUCCUCCUCUCUCUCUCCCUCUUCGUGUUCGUCCUCUCCUGUGCAUAUAGCUAGAUACUCUCAGUAUAAUUCGUAGUGAUAGAAUAAAAUCGGCGUGUUGACAAAUUGUAAAUUGUAAUUAGCUCGUGUAAAGUAAAAUGGUCCUACGGCUACGUGAGUAAGCAUCUCCCAAACAUGGAGAUUGAAAUCUUAUCUUAUCUAUAAAAAGAAAAAAAGUAUUGAUGAAGCAUA